AUGAGCUCGCGCUGGGGGCCCGUGAGAUCGCUGCUGUGCCUCAGUCCCCUCCUGGUUGGCGUCCCUCUCUUGACGUACAAGAUAAACUAUGGCGAGUCGCAUGACCUCUUGAUAAUCCACCCUACGACCGGUCUUCCUCAACUAUCUGAAGCGAAUGUCCUCGCACACGCAAAAUACCUCUCAGAGGACAUUGGUUUCCGCACGGUCGGCACUUUGGAACAUGCACUUGCCGAUGAAUGGAUGGUGCAGCAGGCGGAGGCCAUACGUGAGCAAUGCGAAGACGUGGUGCGCGCGCAUGCAGAACGAAAGCUGGAAUGCGAGGUUUGGCAUCAGCAGGGCAGCGGCAGUCACCGAUUCGACAUGAUGGGCCAUCGGUUGUACAAAACGUACGUGGAUCUGACGAACAUCGUGGUGCGCAUCUCGGAUGGUACACCGGCUGGAAAGGAACAUGCAGUGCUUGUGAAUGCUCAUCUGGAUAGCACAUUGCCGUCGCCUGGCGCAGCAGACGAUGGACUCGCGAUCGGAAUCAUGCUGGAGUGUAUGCGUGUCCUGGUCAAUACACCUGCCUGGCAACCCUCACAUGCUGUCAUAUUCUUGUUCAACAAUGCGGAGGAGUCGUUGCAGGACGCUUCGCAUCUCUUCUCCACUCAACAUCCCAUCGCAAAAACUGUUCGAGCUGUAGUCAAUCUUGAAGCGGCUGGGACUACCGGAAGGGAGCUUCUCUUCCAAGCCACAUCCGAACAAAUGAUUCGCGCUUAUGCGCAGGUACCAAGACCCUUCGGCACAAUCGUGGCCAAUGAGGUGUUCACUUCCGGUAUCAUUCUCUCGGAUACGGAUUUCCGACAGUUCGAGCAGUAUCUCAAUGUGACUGGACUUGAUAUAGCCGUCGUAGGCAACAGCUAUUUAUACCAUAUGCGCAAGGACCUGGUAGAGAAUAUCGAACCUGGUGUUGCGCAGCACAUGGGAGAGAAUGUUCUCGGUCUUCUUCUCCAUCUUUCCUCCUUUGAAUCACCCCUUCCGAUGCUCACCGAAGGCUAUACUCGUCCCAGCACAGUCUUUUUCCAGUACCUCGGCACCUUCGUGGUCUACUCAUUUCGUACGGCGUCAAUUCUGUACAUCGCAUUGUUUGGAGCCUCGCUCGUGGCUGCCCGGAUGCUUUACAGUGACCCAUUCCCAGCGCUGAAGAAGGGCACCGGCAUAUUCCGCGAGCACUUCAAAGGUGCAACGGCAGUAAUUGCUGCUGUUGUCGGUGCAUUUGCUGGCGCGAACGUGGCCGCUGUGAUUAUGGCGAAGGUCCUUGGAAAGGGAAUGAGCUGGUUCUCUUCUGAGAGGGCGUGCAUGGUCUUAUACGGUCCUGCAGCAUUCUCCGGCGCACUCGCAUCUCAGCUGCUGGUGGGCCGCGUGACGGAGCAUACGGCGUUCUCUUCUUUGCUACUUCUUCAAUCUUUCGUAGCUUGUGCAGGGCAACUCUUGCACUUCGGAUCUGCCGGUGUCUUUGCUUUGUCUGGAUACCCAAUCUUGCUCGCUCUCGUUCUCAACCCCUUUUUGACAAAACCUGGAGAGGACAUCUCACUGUGGAGUUAUGCUUUAUCCCAAUUCACGCCGCUCUCGCUGGGUGCACAGAUGUUCUACAUUACCUUGGAUGUGUUCGUGCCUUUGACUGGCCGAAUCGGUGAAGAGGCACCUGCGGAAAAUAUCAUUGCAUCUAUUGUCGCAGGCGCGGGGUCCUACACUCUCCCCUUACUUGUCCCGUUCGUACAUCGCUUCGGACGGCGGACGAUCAAGCGCGCUUUGGUAGUAUGUUCGAUCCUCACAGCGGUGGCGAUGGCUGUGUUCUCGAUGAGAUCGCCCUUCGACUCAAUGCACCAGAAGAGGGUCUUCGUAAUCCAUAUGGAGAAUGUUACUACUUCGGAGCAACACCUGCAUGUAGCUGCUGCGGACAGUGCUCCUGGCUUCGAUCUCCUUGUAAGUCGCAUCGCUGAGACCUUUAGCGUGUCCGGCGCCCUGCCAAUGGCGAUGCCGAUGAACCUCUGGAAUAAUGACUGGGACACGAUGUAUCCUUUCAGCGCGUUUUUGACGCCGUAUAAAUUUGAACUGCCCCUUAGACCAGAAUACCUCGAAGCACCGGAACACGACUUCACGAUCUCGGCAGUCAAUGACACGAUAGACAGAGUCGCAGGGACUAGGAGCUUAACAAUCUCUGUCAGCCAUCCUGGCAUCAUAUGGACGGCCAUCACUUUCAAUGCGCACGUUCUCAGAUGGACACUAGACGAUAACCCUCCAGAUGAAUAUGCGAGACACUAUAUAAAGGAAGGCUCAUUCUAUGGCUAUGAUACAUGGACAGUCGAUCUGGUCGUGAGGGUUCCGGAGAACAAUCCGGAUGCCAGAAUCAACGUCAAUUUCGUCGGAAUCCACGAGAAAGCUAUGUGGCCGGCGAAGAAAGCUGAAAAGGAGUUCGGAGGACGAGCUAUGAAGUUGUUUGAAGAGUUUGACGCUUGGAUACAUAAGGAGACCGGUGGGAACGUGGAUGCAUUGUUGAUCGGAUGCGUAGGAGGAAUCACCACUCUUUAG